CAACCUGAGAAAACACAACUAGAGCUCUCUCCGUGCUGUCGCAUUUAUAAUGAGGAUGUCCCUGAAGAAAAGCUCCGAGGUGCCUCUGGGCGGAGGCAGUGGAGGUGGAGAGCUGCGAUCCGCGAGGAAGAUCCUCGCUCUCAGCCGGGGCCUGGCGCCGGUCGCUACGACCCUGGGCUGGUGGUGGCUCCGGCAUGGGGAGUGGAGCCCCCGGAGCUGCUGCAGCGGCGUGGUGAGGGAGCAGCCAGAGGGAGGCAGCUGCAGCUCGGCGGUGAGUAUCCGGGAAGCGCCACCAUGGGGCUCCGUAAGAAGGGCACCAAGAACCCCCCGGUGCUGAGCCAAGAAUUCAUCCUGCAGAAUCAUGCGGACCUCGUCUCCUGCGUGGGGAUGUUCUUCGUGCUGGGGCUCAUGUUCGAGGGAACGGCCGAAGUGUCGAUCGUUUUCCUCACUCUUCAGCACAGCGUUGUCGUCCCUGCAGAAGAACUGGCUACGGGAUCCAAGACGCUGUAUCAUUACGGGGUCAAAGAUUUGGCCACGGUGUUCUUCUACAUGCUGGUGGUGAUCAUCAUUCACGCCACGAUCCAGGAGUAUGUCCUGGAUAAAAUUAGCAGGAGAAUGCAGUUCACCAAAGCGAAACAGAACAAAUUUAAUGAAUCUGGCCAGUUUAGUGUGUUCUACAUUGUCUCCUGUAUCUGGGGCACAAUCAUCCUCAUGUCUGAAAACUGCCUGUCAGACCCAACUCUCCUGUGGAGGACUCAUUCCCACACCAUGAUGACAUUUCAAAUGAAGUUUUUCUACAUCUCACAGUUGGCUUACUGGUUUCAUGGUUUUCCGGAACUCUACUUCCAGAGAAUCCGAAAACAAGAUAUCCCUAGUCAACUCAUCUACAUUGGUCUUCACCUCUUUCACAUCACUGGAGCUUAUCUCUUGUACUUGAAUCACCUGGGACUACUUCUUUUGGUGCUGCAUUAUUUCGUUGAAUUGAUUUCCCACCUGUGCGACGUGUUUUAUUUUAGUGAUGAAAAGUACCAGAAGGGGGUUUCUCUGUGGACCAUCGUGUUUGUCUUGGGGCGACUCACAACUUUAGUUGUUUCAUUAGUCACUGUUGGGCUACACUUGGUUGUAUCCCAUUCCCGGGAUGGGGAUACGGAUUCCAUCAGUGGAAACGUAAACGUGUUGGCCGCUGAAAUUGCUGUUCUGUCAUCCAGUUGCACCAUCCAAGCAUAUAUAACAUGGACCUUACUGACAGUCUGGCUUCAGAGGUGGCUAGAAGAUUCUAAUCUUCAGGCCUCGAGUCUGAAGAAGAAAAAACCCAUGAUUAAAGGCCGGUCUUCUAGAAAAGGAACAGAAAAUGGAGUGGAGACUGCAAACAGAGUAGAUGCCCCGCCAAAGAGGAAAGAGAAAACUUCAUAAUGAUUUAUAAGAUAAUUGAGCAAUAUCUCCAAAGGAAUCUGCUCUAUACUAUGAGAUCUCUCUCUCUCUCUGUGUGUGCUAGAAAUUUUUUUCUGUUCUUCAAAAUAGUUUGUGCUCUUUGAUCAUUGCUAUUGUACUGUUUAAUGUGUAUUUUAAGUAAUUUGAGGGGAGAAUAAGUGGAAAACAUUUUGGUUAAGACUAAGCUACGCAACAUCAAAAUAGUGAAAAAAAACUUAAGGAUAACUAUGAUAUUUUGGUUUUGAUUUUUUGCCUAGAACAUUUCCUAAUGAUUCCUGGAGUUGACUAUAAAAUUCCCCAGUAAGUGAUAACGAUUUCUUGCUCCCAUCAAUCUUCUAUGGUAUUAACAAAGUGGAUUGUUAUAGCAAGGUGAUAUUUUUAAUAUUCUCUUUCACAAGAAUAUGGGAAAUUCUUUAAAGAUGGAAGUUAAAUCAGUGUUCUCUAAUUGUUAUUUUUUUGUUGUUUAGAAUUUGCAACUGAGAAAAAAUUUGUAAAACCAUCAAAAUAGUCAUGUGUUUUAUUUUAUAGGGAGUGAUUGUUAAUGCCACAUCCCCAUUGAAGAAUCCAAAUACUAAUAGAUAAAAUAUAUGGAGACUUAUUGCCAUAUAUAUUGAAUCAAAAUAUCUUUAAUUAAUAUAAAGUAUUACUUAAGAGGUAAAGUCAUUCCUGUCCAUUUUUAACACUUGUAAAUGGGAACUCAUAAAAUUAAAAAUGACUGAAGAAAAGACAUAAGACUUAGUCAUUUUUUAUGUUUAUUAAUAAUGAUUUAAUGAGGAUUCAUAAACUUCAUUCAUGAAUUCAAAAUUCAUAAACCAUUUUGAAUAAUAAUACUUGAUUUAAAUGAAUAAAAGAAUGUCAGCUAAAUACAUUUGGAAACCCUUUAAUGCUUAAAUUUUAAAUAAUUUGAAAAUCAGGAUAAAUUAAUGAAAGUUUUUUUUUAAUAAUUUUAUAUGUUACUAGAGAGGCUGAGUCAGGAAGAUCAAAAUAUUUGAGGACUUCUGCAAUAGGAUCAGAAGUUUUAAGGACUUCAAGUUGACUUGGCUACUUAGCAUGACCCUGUCACACACACAAAAAAAAAAAAAAAAAAAAAAGAAAAGAAAAAAGAAAGAAGAAAGAAAGAAAGAAAGAAAGAAAGAGCUAAAUGGGACUAUAGCUCAGUUGUAUAGCACCCACCACUGGUUUCAAUUCACAAUAUUCCAAAAAUAAGUAUGUAAAAUUUAAUAGUCUUUUAAUUAUAGUUUAAUUCCAUCUUUUAUUGUGAAACAUUUAUAUAUGUUAAGGCAUGUUUUGGAGACUAUAUAUAUCAUAUAUUAACAGAAGCCAAUUUAAAUGAUGGACUUUAGGGGGAUAAAUGUUUAUACUGGCCUUCCUUUAAUUCUCAAUUUGGUUUCAUGUCCAUAUUGUGAAUAUUUACAUUUCCAAUUUCUUUUACUAUGUUUCUCAUCUCUGCUUUUGAUAGCCCUCACUUAGACCUAUUUAAGUAAUUCAACUUUUUCAACCGAUAGAGUUUGUGAAAAUUAAACUUGAUAUACUAAUAUCACAGACCACAGAUGGAAGAGCCAUUCUUGGAGUAUUUUUCUAUUCUAUCUGCUUUCACAGGUAAGUAACAAAAUAAAUUUUCUUCUUUGUUAACUAUAGAAUUCAUCGAUCUACAUUUUUUUGUCCGUUGCCUAACACUAUGUUCACAAUUUAUUAUUAGCAUAUGCUCUAAAGUUUAAAGUGAUGUAAUUCACAUUUGGACCAACUGUUGCACAAUUUAUAAAUCAAAGAUUUCCAGCUUCUCAUGUAAUAGAGAACUAGAGAAUUCUUUCUCACAUCCCUUACUAUAAAAUAAUUCUAGCAUGUUACUU